AUGACCUUCGGGUCGGGCGACAACGGGGACCUUGACAAGGCUGACGUAGCCUCACAAUGCUCGUCGUGCCCUUCUUGCGCGGUCCCGUGCGAUGACGCCUGCGAUGCCCAACCCUGCGACGAAACCUGCGAGACGGAGCCGUGUACGGACACUUGCUUCGUUGAGCCCUGCCCUCCCGACUGUGCCGUGCCGUCGCCGCCUUGCAACAGUCCUGAUUGUGACAAGGACGAUGUCUGUGCAGAUCAAGCGUGUCUCCAGAGUGCUCUUCCUCCGCGGUGUGUCCCCGAGGCCGCCGCCGCCGCUGAGGCCUUGACGUCCUUUGCCGACAUGGAUGCAUUGAGUUUCGACCUGACAGCUGGCGCAGGGGCUUAUCCAAACUAUCAAAACGCGCAAGAAUACGAUUGGAGUAUGGGGCCACAGCAACAGGCCCAUAUGCAAUUGCCGCCACCUCAGCACCAGCAGCAGCAACAACAACAGGGGCCUGGCCCCUCCAUGAUCACCACCAACAACGCACUUUUCGACUUCAACGCCCUCCUCAACUCCGCCCCCAACCUUCCACAGGCAUAUGACCAUGGAUUCUUCAAUCACUUGCACGAAUUUCAUUGGGAUCACCAGAACCAUAGCCACCAGCAUGGCCACGGCGGCGGCCAGCACCAAAACCACCCUUGCCCUAUCGACAGCUCGACCACCGUCGAGUCGACCUGCAGAUUACCUGUUACAGCCAACACCUACAUGUCUAUGCCAGGAGGGUUGGGUCAACAGCCACCAUUUCAGUACUGCGGCUACGCGUCGCAUAACCCUGCCGCGUACGCUGACCACGUCCUGACUGCUCAUACAGACCUGCUUCGCCAGUGGCCAUUGUUCAGCCAGCAGAACCCCCCCAGUAGCACGUAUAUCAACAACUACCAUUAUAUGCAGAACCAGAACAACAUCAUAGGGAGCCAGCAAGACAUUAAUCAGGAGCAAUGGCAGCAGCCUCUGGCACCACAAGAGCCACGCAUGGAUUCCGCGCCCGUGUCUUCAUCCACAGCCGCGUCCGUUCCUCAAAGCCCCCAACGGAAGCAGAGUACUCCGGGCACGCCACUAUCGCAGGAGAUGACCGACGCUGCGAGCGAUAGCGCUGCGGCGCAAGUAAAGCAGCCCAAGGAGUCACAGCUUCUUGACUGUUCCAAUGCAUACAAAUGCUUCUGGAGAGACCCUAGGACCGGGCAUCACUGUCAGCAGAACUUUGACUCUGCGGAUGAUCUGGAUGCGCACAGCAGGUCGGAACAUGUCAAGUUCCUGGAGCGCUGCGACUCUGCCAACCCAAAGGACGUUGACAAACAUGGACAGCCCAAGCGUGGCUACAAGUGCAUGUGGCUUGGCUGCAAGCGGGAAGGCGACAUCUUUUCCACAAGGGCGAAGCUCUCCCGACAUUUGCAGACCCAUACAGGAUACCAGCCAGAGAUUGUCAAGCAGAAUUUGGACGAAGUGAUACACUUGAAGAGGAAGCCUCCUCAAUUCGGCUCGCAAACGCCGACCUCGAUAAAGUCUGAAGCGGCCCCUGACGCGGAGCUUUCAGCGUGA